AUGGCUGGAUUUCGAGUAACCGGUUUAUUUCCUUUUGACCCAAAUGCAGUAGACUAUUCGAAAUGUAUUUCGAACAGGCGGAAAGAAAUUCGGGAGUUGGAAGUUGUGCGAACUAUUGCAAAUCCUGUUAAUUCUGCAGAUUAUAAAAGUACUCUUAAAGUUCUCGAACAUCAUAUGGAUCCACCCUUAUUAGACCAGUUUAGUCGAUUGAGAGAUAUCGGAGAUUCAUCUACAAACCAACUAUUUCACAUUUGGAGUUUGUGCAAAGACUGUUCAAAUACCCAGAGAGGAAACUGA